AUGGCGAUAUACUUGAUGGAAAAUGGAAAAUAUGAAUGUCAUGCUUUUGUGGAAGAACAUAAUCACCCUCUUCAUAUAUCUAGUACUAUGCAUUUUAUGCGUUCCCAGAGGAAGAUUUCAGAGAUAUAUUCAUAUAAAAUCAAUUUAGCAGAUGAUUCAGGGAUCAACCCAAAGGCCGCAUUUGAGUUAAUGGGUAGGCAAACUGGUGGGGCAGAGAAUCUUGGCUACGUAAUACAAGAUCAGAAGAACUAUCUACGAACUAAAAGACAACAUUCCUCAUCUUAUGGUGAAGCAGGGAGUUUAUUGAAAUAUUUUGAAAAUCAAAGUAUGAACAAUCCUUCGUUUACAUACUCAAUGCAGUUGGAUAGUGAUGAACAAAUCACAAAUAUUUUUUGGGCUGAUCCUAAAAUGAGAAUUGACUAUGCACAGUUUGGUGAUGUUGUUAAUUUCGAUACGACAUUUUGUACUAACAAAGAGUAUAGGCCAUUUGGGAUAUUUGCCGGUUUUAAUCAUCAUAGAGGGGUUAUUAUAUUUGGGGUUGCACUUUUGUAUGAUGAAACAACUGAAUCUUUUAGUUGGUUAUUUGAACAGAAAAAACCUAUAACUAUCUUCACAGUCCAAGAUGCCGCUAUGGCAAAAGCAUUGCUUGAGGUGUGGCCUGAGACACGACAUGGGUUGUGUAUUUGGCACAUAAUGCAAAAUGGCAUUAAACAUCUGGGUAAUAUGAUGAAAGAUGGCUCUGGUUUUUUCAAAUAUUUGAAAAAGUGUAUAUUUGAGUAUGAGGAAAAAUCACAGUUUGAGUAUUAUUGGAAUAAAUUACUUAGAGACUACAACUUGGAACAAAAUUCAUGGGUUGUGAAUGCUAAACGAGAUAAUGAAUUAAAAACUGAAUUUGAUUCAAGAGACAAACUUCCAAGGAACAUAGUCAGGAUGUCACUUGUUAUCAAACAAGCUGGGGAUGUCUAUACUCCUUACAUUUUUGAGAGAUUUCAGGAGCAUUGCAGGAAAUAUGAGACAUUUGGCAUUCUUUGUUGCCAUUCCUUAAAAGUUUUGGAUGUCUUUGAUAUUAAGUGUAUCCCUGAUACUUAUAUUUUGCGGAGAUGGACACGGGCAGCAAGAAGCAUGGUAGUGGAAGAUCAUAAGGUGAAACAAGUUGUUGAAGAUGUGAAUUUAGACUGUAUACAACGAUACAAAUAUCUUUGUCCUCAACUUGUAAAAAUAGCAUUACAAGCUUCAAAUUCAGUUGAAGGAUUCGCAUUGAUUGCAUUUUUCCCAACAAGUGUAUCUCUAUUUUUUUAUGCUCAAAAUGGAGUAAUGUACUUCACUUACACUAUGCCUGACAAUCUGUUAGAGAAAGUGAAUCUCAAAUGUCUCUAUAGUAAAGCCAAGAUUGUGGGAACACUUGGUUGCAUCACUGGGGCCUUAGCCAUGAGCUUCUUUCAUGCCCAACCUUGCUGUCAAAAUGGAGUAAUGUACCGGUGGUUGGGUUUAGUGCCUAAUGAUAUAACUCUUCAAUGGUUACUGUUCUUAAUUUCUUUUAAGUUUGAGAAAGUGAAUCUCAAAUGUCUCUAUAGUAAAGCCAAGAUUGUGGGAACACUUGAUAAAGCCAUGAUCAUUGGUUGCUUGUAUCUCAUUGGGGCAGUUUUUAUUUUGUCCUCUUUAUGUGUUAUACAGGCUCAAGCUAUGGUGGAUUUUCCUGCACCCAUGUCCUUGAGUGUUGUAUCAGCCUUAAUGGAUGCUAUUCUUACAGGAAUAGUGCAGUUGAUCCAAGAACAUAGUUUCUCAUUUGAUUGGCCACUAGUGAAUUUUCGAAUCGUUAUUGGGGCUGCCUUACUGGUUAGAUAUGUAGUAUUGGUCAAAUCCAAGGAGGACCAAAUACCUUGUGUUGAAACUUGAAAGGUGAACAAAUACGAUGGGAAUUGGGAGAAGCAAUGGUACGGAGCAGGGAUCUUCGUGGAGGCGAGCGAAGAAGUGGAAGUGGAUGUAUUCAAGAAGCUGGACGAGAAGGGCCGAGGAGAGGAAUUAGGGCUCACAGUGUCCUCCAUCGAGAAGCUUGGUUUCUUCUCCAAGGCAGAGGAGUUAGGAUUGUUGAGUUUGCUGGAGAAAGUCGCCGGCUUCUUGCCAUCGACGUUGGCUUCGUUAUUGCUACCUCUCUUUGUGGCUGCUAUGGCCGUAAUCGUUGUGAUUCCCGACGAUUAGGCGGCUCUCAAGCACGAACACAAGCAGAAGAAGAAAACCAGAAAUUUCAACGAUGGCUCUCAUCGCGAACAGGAGCAGAAGAAGAAAAUCAGAAUUUCAACGGAGUGGGCUGGGAUGGGGUUUUGAAGGAAGUAGGGUUUGGUUUCCUCCUUAAACCGGGUUGUAAAGAAAAUCAAGAUUUCAAACCGUUUUCUUCCAAUCCACCGUCCACGUGUAUGAGCCACGUGUCAACAGAUAAACCACCCUCCGCCAACCU